CAUUUUAAAUGCAUAAAAUUGGGGAAAAAAUAGGUCUGGGAAGAAUGUUUAUGAGGUCUUCUUACAAAUCCAAAUUGAAGCUCUGAUACUACUCAGCCAGAUCUCUCUACUCUGUAAGGAACCCUUAUGAGUAUUUGAAGAGAAAGAUCGAAGAGACAUGAGCAGAUAACCCUUCUCUUAAGCCAAUUGCAAAGAAAGAUGUGGUUAUUAAAGAGAAUAACUUUACAUGGUUAGUGAAUGUAGCAACCAAUUUGAAAUAAGAAGCCUGUUUUUAAGGAGAGUGAUGGUUGGGAAGGAGUUCCACAGAAGAAAGAUGACCCUUUCAUGCCUCCAUUAGAAGAAAAUCUUAUAGUUGAGCAUAAUUUCACUAGAAAGCAUACCCUCAUUUUGAACAAAUUUCCUAUAGCAGAUAAGCAUGCAUUAGUGAUCACAAAAGAUUUUGAGAGUCAAUUAACUCCUCUAGAUUAUGAAGAUAUUGAAGCUUGAUUGAUUGCAAUGAGGGCUCAAGAUCCAGGAUUCAUUUUCUUUAAUUGCGGUAAAAUUUCUGGUGCUUCUCAACCCCAUAAGCACAUGCAAGUGUUUCCACAAGAUAAUUUCACUUACACUGGAGGUGAGAUCCCUUUGACAGUUGCAAUGGAAGAGUGUAAAAAGGAUACUUCUAAGCCAUUUUAUUUUCCAGAUUUCGACUUUAAGCAUGAAAUCAGAUUUUUCCACAAAGAUAUCUUCACUUUGAUUGACGAAGGGAACUUAGAAAUUGCUACUGAAUACGUUCUCAGGAUUUACCAAGGCAAGGAGCUAAUAUAACUUUUAUAGAAAUGACUAAAAGCUUAGGAUUAGAAAAAGAUGUUCCUUUCAAUUUCAAUUUGACUAAAGAUUAUCUAUUCAUGGUUCCGAGGAGUAAAGAACGCUUCAGAGAUAUUAUCUCACUGAACUCUCUCUGCUUCAUCGGAACCUUCUUUGUCAGUGAUGAAGAGAGACUUCAAUUAAUUCAAGAGGCUGGGCCUCUUGAAGUCCUGAAAGAAGUGACCUUCCCCAAAAAAUAAGGCUGAUGUCAGAGGAGCCCUUAAAUGAUUUU